UAGCCAGCUUAUAACCAAACAGCUGUAAACGUUAAGUUUACAUCCAAUUUCACAUCCACGAAUAUUUGUAAGUCGUUACUAAUAAUAUCCAUUGGAGCUCAACACCAGGCUCCACAGUAUAUAUUUUCUCCUUUAAGAAGGACCCAUAUGUUGCUUAAAUUUGACCAACACAGAUUCUUGUGGUUCUAGAAAUGAGAUGACCAGCUCUUUCAGAAUAUACAGCAACUGCCUCCACCUAAGCAGUGCCCGGUUUAGGAGAUUUACGGUAAAGCCAUGUUUCCUAGGAGGUCAGUACAAAAAGCCAGGCUUCUACGGCAGUUUCAAGGAGACGUAAGCUUUCCAUCCGACGCAGCGUUUUACCUUUUUCUCUGGGAAAUGUUUAUACUAGAAAAGGCUCAACUGGGAUAUUCAUCAGCUGCUUCCUGCUCCUGUGGUGUUUGGUGGGGCUGAUAACGGACAGGGGUAAAAUGCGCUGGGCAUCUCAGGAUCAUGGAAAACCUGGGACUGAGGCUCAGGAAUGCCCCCCAUUUUCGCUGUGAGAAGGGAAACAGCGCUGUCCCCGUGUGCCAGAAGUGUGAAACAUGUGUCCUCACCUGGAAUAUCUUCUCUACCAAACAGUGGUUCCAGAGGAUUGGCGAGAUACCCCAAAGGAGGUUUCUGGUCAGCAUCCUGGAGCAGUUGGAUAGCUUGUAUUUGUUACACUAUUUCCAGAACAUCCUUCAGGCCACGCAGGGGAAGGAUUUCACCUACAGCCGGUCCCGGAUCAACCUCAGCAAGAAGGAGGGGAAAAUCGGCAGGUCUUCCUUGAACCAGAUGUUGGAUAAAACAGUCGAACAGAAGAUGAGGGAGAUUUUGUACUGGUUCGGGAACAGCACCCACUGGACGAAGGCAAAUUACACGCUCUUGCUGUUCCAGAUGUGUGACCCCAAGUUACUGCUCACUGCUGCCGAUGUCAUCAGAGUCCUGUUCCUGAGAGAGCAGAGCAAUGUCGCAGGGCUCAGUCAGUCCGCCAGUGAUGUGUUUGUCUUCCCCGAGAAAGACCACCACCAGUCUGAGACCUCGCAGGUCUGCCGGGCAGCCGGAACCAAGAACACAUCCUUCCCUUUGUCCAGAUCUCCAGGGAAAGAAGGGUUGCUUGAAAAUAUGGGGGGCGGACCAUCUGACACUGGACAAUGGAAGAGUUCUCUCCAGUGUAUUUCUGAGAUGAACCGGCUGUUUUCCAGAAAAGCAGGCAGGUCCAAGGCAGAGAGCGCCCCCUCCGAUCUGUUGGUUGACUUGGAUGUGGUCCGAGACCUGUCUUCUGGGGCCAGAAAAUAUCGAGACUUCAUCCGUCACCUGCCCAUCCACCUCUCCAAGUAUAUUCUAAGUAUGCUGGAUAAAAACAGCCUGAACAGGUGUGCCUUUGUGAGCCAGCACUGGGCUGCGCUGGCCCAACAGGUCAAGAAGGAUCUUUCCAUGCAUACUUUCAUUCAGAACCAGAUCGCCUUCUUGCAGGGGUCCUACACAGGGGGAAUCGAACCUAAUUACGCCAACAAGCUUCUUAUCCCAGUUCCUAAGAUGACAGAUGAUGGGAAACGCAUGCGUGCGAAAAAUCAGAAAUGGAAACUGAGAAUGAAGAAUGACUACAACCUGUGGACCGCAUACCAGAACCAGGAAACUCAGCAGGUCCAGAUGGAGGAGAGAAAUGUCUUCUGUGGGACUUAUAAUAUCCGCAUUCUCUCUGACACGUGGGACCGAAACAGAAUCAUUCACUAUUCUGGGGGACACUUGGUAGCAGUGUCAUCCAAUCGGAAGAUCCAGCUUCUCGAUGUCAUACAAGUAAAGGAGGUACCCAUCGCGUUCCGAGGCCACGCCGGGAGUGUCCGCGCCCUCUUCUUGUGUGAGAAGAAGAACUUUCUACUGAGCGGAAGUUAUGACCUGAGUAUUAGAUACUGGGAUCUGAAAAGUGGGGCUUGUAUACGAAUCUUCAAUGGCCACCGGGGGACAGUCACUUGCAUGGAUUUAUAUAUGAACAAACUUGUAUCCGGAGCAAGAGAUUGCCAGGUGAAAGAAUGGGAUGUCGAGACAGGGAAGUGCCUGAAGACGCUUAAACACAAAGACCCCAUCUGGGCCGCCAGGAUCAAUGACAACCACAUCGUGAGCAGCUGUGAGCGGGGGAUAGUCAAAGUGUGGCACGCUGUCACGGCCCAGCUGGUAAAGACUCUCAUUGGCCACGAGGGAGCCGUGAAGUGUCUGUGCUUUGACCCGUGGCAUCUCGUCUCAGGAGGUGCAGAUGGCCUGGUCAUGGCCUGGAGCAUGGUGGGAAAGUACGAGCGGUGCCUCAUGGCCUUCAAGCAUCCGAAGGAGGUGCUUCAUGUGGCUCUUCUCUUCCUCCGGGUCAUCAGCGCCUGUGCCGACGGCAAGAUCCGCAUUUACAAUUUCCUAAAUGGGAACUGUCUGAAGGUGAUGAAAGUCAAUGGCAGAGGUGACCCCGUGCUGUCCUUCUUUACUGAGGGCAACAGGAUGGUGAUCAACACCGAGAGCAAUAUUCUCAUGUUCCAGUUUGAGAAUGUAAAGUGGCAGUACUCCCUGGACAAGGCCAAACAAAAGGAGGAGAAACAAGAGGACAGGGGAGAAAACAGCCUUGUGGAAGUUCUCUCCAGGUCUAGCACUCAGGUUUCUAGCCUGAAGGACUCGUUAUCCAGUCAACAAACUGUGACCCAGGAGUCCCUGUUAAGUAAACCAUGCAGGUCCCGAGUUUUCCGGAGGGCAACCAGGUUACUUACAGAUGAUGAGAAAAUUCAAAAAGAAAGACGCCCCGUAGACAUGAUCAAAUGCUCGAAGAAAAAGUCCUGGCAAAUCCCUAUGUCACCUGACCAGUUCCUACUGACCGUUAAUGCCCUGCAGCAGGCCCAUAAUUCGGGGGCAUUUGCCUAUCCCUGUAGGCCACAAACCCAAGUCAUCGAUGCCCAGGGACCUUCAAUUCCACACCCAAGGAAGGUCUUGAGUUUCAAAGGAAAAUCAAUCCAACACGCAGUUGAUAGGUUGAGGCGCAGCGAGCCUCCCAUAGAUGUGAAACGAACCAACAUUCCCCUGGAGAUCCAGAAACUGCAGCCCAACCUGAAGAACUCUUUGCACAGUCCCCGAGUCCAGUCCACCAUACCCCAGCCCGUGAUAAUCCACCCCCGACUCACCGGCAGCUGCAAGGGUGAAGACCAAGUGACCAGCUCCAUCGAUGGGACCGUGCGCGCCUUCAGCCCAUUAACCAGCACGCAGGUCAUUAAACCGAACCGCAUGCUGGCUCCACCAGCGGGCAUGGCAACCAAAUCUGUCAAGAGAGAACGACCUCACUUCUGUACGACCCUUGAUCCCUUUAGAGCGAACACUCAGUUCCUGUUGUUGACUGUAAGGGAGGAGAAAGAGUACAGGGAGGCCAAGAGGAAGGAGUAUGAGGCCAGGAAGCCCAGGAAAGUGCUCGAUCCAGAAAAAGCCAGCAAAUCUGCAUGGAUCAGGAAGAUCCAAGGCCUGCCUAUAGAUAAUUUCCUGAAGCAAGGGAAAAUAGCGGCUCCUGAACUUGGACAAAACAUGUUUAUCUGAACCAGCCUUGGGGCAUGAACAUCUUACAAUAAACAGAAAACCAAGUGGA